GAAAGAAAGAGGAGUAUAAACGACGAACGGUCGGGUGUGUCCGAGGGAAGAAAAGAGAAACGAGGACGGACGAAACGGAGGAGGAAAGAGGGAUUACGUUUUCAGUCGGAUCGGCACGGUCGCGUCACACCGGACCGGUAUUCGUCCGCCCGCGAGUGGUCUGGCGGCAGUGGAAAAACGUCGAGUCCGUUAGCCGCUUUGCUUGCCGAAGCCCAUUAGAGGCAGUGCGAACGACAAUGGAUGCGUCUCGGAUAAUCGCCUUGUGUGCCACGCUCCUGUCAGGUUUGGUUGCGGCAGAUCUGACGUUGAAACCUGCGGGAGACGAACACACGUACUUCACCAAAGAAAAUUUCGUCGUCACCUGUCUGGUCGGUAACGGUGAUAUUCAAAGUUUAGUUUGGUUCGGGCCUCAGGAUAAUCAGAUUACCGAAAAUGACGGGAGAAUUCACGUGGAGUCUUCUCGCGAAGUAUCGGAAUCGGGACCACUGAAAGGCAUCGUUCUGAUGGUAGAAGACGUGAGGCUAGAAGAUGCGGGAACUUACAAAUGUUCGGCGGUAAUAGAUGGAGAAGAGCAAAGCGUCUCGUUUAAUUUAGUGAUCCACGGUUCUAUAAAUUUCGAAAACACCGAACUUCAUCAAUAUGCCCCCGAAGGCAGUAAUAUGACUGUCGUUUGUAACGUGGACGGCGAUCCUAAACCUACCAUCAAUUGGGAAUUCAAAGGAAUUCAAUUACAACAAGAUUCGAAAUAUCACGUCAACGGAGGUCAACUGACGAUUUAUGACGUCAAACGAUCCGAUGCCGGAAAUUACACUUGCGGAGCGUUUUUGAUUACUUCGGGAAAAUCUCAGAUCAAGUCUAAGAAUAUCACCGUACACAUCCAACAUGCUCCGGAAUGGGUGGAAAGGUAUCCGGAAGAUGCGUACAGUAGUGUGGGACAUAUGGUCAAUCUCAGUUGUGAAGCACAAGGAGAACCCACGCCUACAUUUGUUUGGAAGAGGAACAACGAGACCGUUCACACUAAUCACGUGUUCGUAAAAUACGACGAAGUGAACAAAACGAUUCUUCAGAUCAAUGUCCAUAACGAAUCUCUAUUCGGUAAUUACACUUGUCAAGCCAGCAACGUUAUAAAAACUGUCGAAAAAACCAUCGUCCUUAAAGAAGGAGACACUCCGGUAGCUCCGGUGUUCUCGGUCGUUAGCGAAGAAGCUGGAACAUUAAUGGUUGACAUAUCACCUCCAGCCGAAAGCUCUUUAUUAGAAGUAAUUGGUUACAAAGUAGAAUAUAAAUUAUCAACAGAUAACUGGAGUGAUGCUCACAGCAAAGAAUUCGAUAUAGGUCAUCGACACAUACUGAAGAACCUGGUCCACGAUGCGGAUUACGUAGUGCGCGUAGCAGCUAAGAAUGCAGUGGGAUACGGAGAAUAUUCGGCGGAGAUCGUGGCAAGAACAAAAAAAACAAAUUCUCCAACAAUUAGUGACAACAACAGUGCUUUGGUCAAUCAAUUUUCAUCCAUCGGAGUCGUUCUGUCCACAACGGCUUUACUGUGGAUUCAAAGGUUAUAAAAGGGGGAAAAACAAACAAACAA